AUGGGACAAUCUAUAACAACUCCCUUGAGUCUUACUCUUGAUCAUUGGCAGGACGUCCGGAACCGGGCUGACAACCGGUCAGUGGAAAUCAAAAAGAAAAGAUGGAUAACACUCUGCACCACGGAGUGGCCAACGUUCGAUGUUGGCUGGCCAAAAGAAGGGACGUUUAACCUUGAUCUUAUUUUACAGGUGAAGUCUCGGGUUUUCACCCAAGGUCCUCAAGGACACCCCGAUCAAGUGCCCUACAUUGUUACUUGGGAAGAUCUAGCCUCCGACCCACCUCCUUGGGUCGCCCCUUUCUCUCCACCUAAGCUUCCUCCCCGUUCUCCCCUUGAAGCCCCACCCCCACCUUCCGCUCCACUUAUCCCGAUACCCGCACCCCCUCCUCAAACCUCUAGGCUUUACCCUAUUCUAGAUAAACCCAAAAACGUGACUCCAGCAGGGACAAAACCCAAGAAGGUUUCCUCAGAAGAAGAAGAACAAGAGGGUCCAACUACCAAUGCCCCUCCGGGCCUGGUGGGGAGACUUCGCGGGUGCCGAGAACCUACCGCCCCAGGGGAUGCUUCAAGGGCCUUCCCCUUGCGGCAGACGGGAGGUCCUAACGGCCAAUAUCAGUACUGGCCUUUCUCUGCCUCUGAUCUUUAUAACUGGAAAACCCACAAUCCCUCCUUUACCAAUGACCCUGUAGCCCUAACUUCCCUGAUUGAAUCUAUUCUAGUGACUCAUCAACCAACGUGGGACGACUGUCAGCAGCUUUUGCAGACUCUUCUCACUUCAGAGGAGAGACAAAAAGUUCUCUUAGAGGCCCGUAAAAAUGUGCCGGGAGAUGAUGGGCCCCCUACCCAACUCCCAAAUUUGAUCAAUGAAGCUUUUCCCUUAAUUCGACCGGAUUGGGAUUAUAAUACUGAUGCAGGUAGGAACCACCUACGUCUCUAUCGCCAGUUACUCAUAGCGGGUCUCCAUGGAGCAGGGCGACGGCCCACCAAUUUGGCCCAGGUAAGACAAACCACCCAGGGUUCGGAGGAAACUCUGACCGCAUUCCUAGAGAGACUAAAAGAAGCCUAUCGGAGAUACACUCCUUUCGACCCCGAUAGUGAGGAUCAGAAGGGAAACGUAUCUAUGGCUUUCAUUUGGCAAUCCGCUCCAGAUAUUAGGGCCAAGUUGCAAAGGUUAGACAACCUACAAGACUUUACUCUAGCAGACUUAUUGAAGGAAGCAGAAAAGAUUUUUAAUAAGAGAGAAACCCCAGAGGAAAAGGAAGAAAGGAUCAGAAAAAUGCAGGAAGAAAGAGAUCUUAAGUUUAGAGAAGAGUUAGAUAAGAGAGAAAGAGAAAAAGAUCGAAAAUGUAAUAAAGAAUUAAGCAAGAUAUUGGCCACUGUAACCCAGGCAGGGCAACGAGGAGAUAGAACAGGUAGGGAAAGGGAACGAGGCAGACCCCGUAUAGACCGAGACCAAUGUGCCUACUGCAAGGAGAAAGGACAUUGGUUUAAAGACUGUCCAAAGAAACCCCCCAAUCCCUGAAGAGGUACUAACCGGACCCCUCAGUUACUAGCCCUGGAUGAAGAUUAGGGGAGUCAGGGCCAGGAACUCCCCCCUGAGCCCCGGGUAACUUUGCAAGUAGGGGGGCAACCUGUAACCUUCCUAGUAGAUACUGGAGCCCAACAUUCGGUGCUAACACGAACGCCAGGACCCAUGAGCCACAAAACGACGUGGGUCCAAGGCGCCACUGGAAGCAAGCCGUACCGAUGGACCACCAAGAGAGAAGUACACCUUGCUACAGGUAGAGUUUCCCAUUCGUUUCUACAUGUGCCUGAUUGUCCGUAUCCACUACUAGGAAGAGACCUAUUAACCAAGUUAAGAGCUCAAAUCCACUUUAAAAAUGGGGGUGCCUCCAUUACGGGGCCAGAUCAGGCCCCUUUACAUGUAUUAACUUUCAAAUUAGAGGAUGAAUAUAAACUUUUUAGCAAACCUCCUGCACUUGAUAAGGACAUAAACUAUUGGCUUGAGUCCUACCCGGAGGCCUGGGCUGAAAGUGGAAUGGGAAUGGCUAAACAACAACCUCCAAUAGUCAUUUACCUAAAAACCACUGCUACUCCUGUAAAUAAUAAACAGUAUCCUAUGUCAAGAGAAGCUUACCAAGGCAUCAGGCCGCAUAUCAAACGCCUCCUAGACCAAGGAAUUCUAACCCCUUGCCGAUCGCCCUGGAACACCCCAUUGCUACCAGUAAAAAAGCCGGGAACAAAUGAUUAUAGGCCUGUCCAGGACUUAAGAGAGGUAAACAAAAGGGUAGAGGACAUCCACCCCACGGUGCCUAACCCCUACAAUCUCCUCAGCACCUUGCCUCCUACCCAUACUUGGUACACCAUUCUAGAUCUAAAAGAUGCCUUUUUCUGUUUGAGACUGUGCCCUCAAAGCCAGGCCCUCUUUGCAUUUGAAUGGAAAGAUCCCGACAAAGGGGUCUCCGGUCAACUGACCUGGACCAGACUGCCACAAGGGUUCAAGAAUAGCCCGACGCUCUUCGAUGAAGACUUACAUCAGGACCUGGCCGAUUUCCGCGUAAGACACCCCUCCUUAAUUAUGCUCCAAUAUGUAGAUGACAUCCUAUUGGCUGCCACCACCGAGGAGGAUUGCCUUACAGGUACGGAGGCAUUACUGCGAACUUUGGGACAGUUGGGGUACAGGGCAUCGGCUAAAAAGGCACAAAUCUGUCAGACAAAAGUUACUUACCUUGGCUAUGAACUUCAUAAUGGCCAACGAUGGCUAACCACAGCCAGGAAAGAAACUAUCUCGAGCAUACCAACUCCCCAGAACCCUAAACAACUACGGGAAUUUCUGGGCACAGCAGGUUUCUGCAGACUUUGGAUUCCUGGGUUUGCCGAGAUAGCGGCCCCCUUAUACCUGCUAACCAAACAAAGUAACCCCUUUACCUGGACUGGGGAGCACCAAUUGGCAUUUGAUCGUAUCAAAUUGGCCCUUCUGUCAGCCCCCGCCUUAGGCCUACCAGAUGUUACCAAGCCUUUUGACUUGUUUGUGGAUGAAAAACAGGGCUAUGCUAAAGGAGUCCUAACCCAAAAACUGGGACCCUGGAGGCGUCCUAUAGCCUAUCUGUCCAAGAAAUUGGAUCCAGUGGCGUCAGGAUGGCCACCAUGUCUUCGAAUGAUAGCAGCAGUGGCUAUUCUGAUUAAGGAUGCCACUAAACUGACUCUGGGACAGCCAUUAACUUUGUUAACCCCUCAUGCCAUCGAGGCAAUAAUUUGCCAACCACCUGACCGCUGGGUGUCCAACGCCCGACUCACCCAUUACCAGUCCUUGCUGCUGGACACGGACCGGAUUCAGUUCGGCCCCAUGGUCACACUGAACCCAGCAACCCUCCUGCCGCUUCCUGGAAAAGCAAAUCCCCACAACUGCCAGCAGAUUCUUGCAGAAACACAAGGAACCCGACCAGACCUCACGGACCAACCUAUGAAAGAUGCAGAACUGGUCUGGUAUACCGACGGGAGCAGUUAUUUGCUCAAUGGGGAACGGCGAGCAGGAGCAGCCAUCACCACCGAAUCUGAGGUAAUCUGGGCGAGUGCGUUGCCGGGUGGAACCUCAGCUCAGCGGGCAGAACAAAUAGCUCUAACACAAGCCUUAAAGUUGGCUGAGGGAAAGAAGCUAAAUGUGUAUACGGACAGUAGAUAUGCCUUUGCCACUGCCCAUAUACACGGGGAAAUUUACAGACGGCGAGGGCUACUAACUUCAGAUGGAAAAGAAAUCAAGAAUAAGACUGAAAUAUUGGCCUUACUUAAAGCUCUAUUUCUGCCUAAAAAGUUAAGUAUCAUGCAUUGCCCUGGCCAUCAAAGAGGAAAUACUCCGGAGGCCAGGGGAAACAAAUUGGCAGAUGAGACAGCCAGAAAGGCAGCUCAGGGGCCUCAACUCUUGGUAAUGACUUUAUUGCCCCAACGGGAAAACCCACAACAUGAUGACUAUGAGGGUAAAUGGGUCUAUGAGGACCAAGAUCUGGAUAUCAUACAGAAGCUAGAUGCCUCUUACAACCCAGAGGACCAUACCUGGGAAUAUCAGGGAAAAAAAAUAAUGCCCCUUAAAAAUGCUAAAGAACUAGUAAAAUCAUUACACAAACUGACACAUCUUGGGGCUAAAAAGAUGAAAGAUCUCUUGGACCGUGGAGAAGGUACUCUAUAUCUUCCAAAUAGGGAUCGACUCCUCCAGCGAGUUGCAGAAAAUUGUCAGGCAUGUGCCCAGGUAAAUGCUGGUAAAGUUAAACUUGGGACAGGAGUCCGGGUUAAAGGACAUAAACCCGGGACACAUUGGGAAAUAGACUUUACUGAAGUCAAACCUGGUAUGUAUGGAUAUAAAUAUCUUCUAGUCUUCGUUGAUACUUUUUCCGGAUGGGUAGAGGCGUUCCCCACCCGACACGAAACUGCCAAAACCGUUGCUAAGAAGCUAGUGGAAGAAAUUUUUCCAAGGUAUGGGGUACCCGGAACAAUUGGGUCGGAUAACGGGCCUGCCUUCGUCUCCCAGGUAAGUCAGGCGGUGGCCAAUUCGCUGGGGAUUAAUUGGAAGUUACAUUGUGCAUAUAGACCCCAAAGCUCAGGGCAAGUAGAAAGAAUGAAUAGAACAAUCAAGGAGACUUUAACUAAAUUAACGCUUGAAACUGGCACUAGAGACUGGGUACAACUCCUACCCUUAGCUUUAUAUCGGGCCAGAAAUACUCCUGGCCCUCAGGGACUAACCCCAUUUGAAAUCCUAUAUGGUGCCCCACCACCUGCUGUUAACUUCUAUGAAACUGAAAUUUCUGCCUCCCUCACCCCAUCUGUGCAGAUUCAUUUAGGCGCACUGCAAUUGGUCCAGAACGAGGUCUGGAAGCCAUUAGCAGCGGCAUACAAAGAAGAACUCAAAACCCCCUCGGUGCCACAUUCCUUCAAAAUCGGGGACACCGUCUGGGUACGCAGACACCAGAACAAGAACCUUGAACCACGGUGGAAAGGACCCUACACCGUCCUGUUGAACACACCUACUGCAAUCAAGGUGGACGGCAUCGCAGCCUGGAUUCACGCUUCUCAUGUAAAGGCUGCACAUCCACAAGACCCAGCAGUUACUCCCCGAGACUCAGGAUGGAAAUUGCAGCGUACUCAAAAUCCGCUAAAGAUAAGACUUACGCGCUGUUAA